CGAAGCACCGUUCGGCUGCCAGGAACUGAGCAGAGGAGAGAGGAGAGGGAAGAUAAGAGACCCGGAGGAGAUAAAGGACUGAUGAAAAACAGCAAAAAACAAGCUGGAUAGAUGCAUUCUUCGCCCAUGGCAGCACAGACAGGACUGUGAAAGCGGACGUUUUUCGGGCAUGUUCGUUAGCUGGACGUCAGCGGAGUAGCUAGCUCGUCCAGAAGACGUUGGCCGAAGUUUUGUCUGAAGUUUGCAGCAGCGGUGCGGCUAGCCGUUAACCGCUCGGCCGCCGUGUCUCCUCAGCACCUGGGGCCUCUCCCUUACCUCUGCCGCUAACCCUCACACUGCACUGAAGGAAAUCAUGGUGUCGUGGAUGAUUUCGAGAACUGUCGUGCUGGUUUUUGGGACCCUGUAUCCUGCAUACUACUCUUACAAAGCUGUCAAGACCAAAAAUGUCAAGGAAUAUGUACGCUGGAUGAUGUACUGGAUUGUGUUUGCCCUCUACACUGUAGUGGAGACCAUCACAGACCUAACACUGGCAUGGUUUCCUCUAUACUACGAGUUGAAGAUAUCCUUUGUUAUCUGGCUGCUGUCUCCCUACACUAGAGGAGCCAGUCUCAUUUACAGGAAGUGCCUGCACCCCCUGCUCUCCUCCAGGGAGAGGGAGAUAGAUGAGUACAUAGUGCAGGCUAAGGAGAGAAGCUAUGAAACCAUGGUCAACUUCGGCAAACAGGGGCUGAGCAUCGCCGCCACUGCUGCUGUCACAGCAGCUGUCAAGGGCCAGGGUGCCAUCACUGAAAAGUUGCGUAGCUUCAGCAUGCAUGACCUGACCCAGAUCAGCCAGCAUGAUGAUGGAGCUGGGAACCAACUCUACCAGUACAGCUCCCAUUCAGCCAAUCCCGCCAUCAGGAGAUCUCAGAGCUCUGAUGCUGCCGACGGAGCCGAGUACUACUACGACCAGGAAGAGAGAUCCGAUGAGGAAGCGGAGCCAACAUUCUCAGAGGACGAGGCCGUCACUCAGAAAGGACUGAGGCGAUCGCAGAGUGUCAAGAUCACUCGAUCCAGAGUCCGGAAAGAUGUCCGCUAUGGAUCCUUGAAGAUUAAAGGCAAGAAGAGACCAGCACUGAGUUCUGUUAACUAUGGAAUGUGACAAGACUACUGACACACAACCAUGCGCACACGCACACUCACACCUACACACUCACACCUACACACUCACACACACACACGCACACACACACACACGCACACACACACACACACACACACACACACACACACACAUAGCAGAGCAUCUUGUAUGUAAGGGUGGUGUUGUCAGCCGCUCUCCUCAUGUGUUUCAACACUCGUGGAUCUGACUUUUUCCUAUGCUGAGAUCCUGUCACUUUUAUAGUGAGCUUGUCAUUGGCAUAUUUAUUACCUAAUUCCUUCAUUAUAUGAUGUGCACCUAAGUGAACGUCAGCGAAAACCAGCAACUCUCAAAGAACAUUCUAGUUUUUUCUUUUGGUCGGUAUAGUACGGUUUUUUUUGUUUGUUUGUUUUUUUGUGCAUGGAUCUAUUUGUUCUGUUUUUUUGUUUGAAAUGUAGUUUUUAGCUGUGAUGUUUGUUUUAGAUUUGUAGUCUUUUUAGGUCUUUGGCCUUUCUGUCCAUUUUAGUCAAUUUAUUUUUCAUUAUAUUUUUGCUUCUGCUGCCUUUCAGGUGUAGCUGCAGUAAGGAACAUUGUGUGUUAUUUUUUUAAAUUGUUUAUAUCUGUAUUUCUGACACUAUGGUUGGGUCCAUUCAGGUUGACUUCCAGGUGGUUCUCUAUGCAACUGAAACCAUUCUUAACUUAGCUUUGGCCUGGAGAAAUGCAACAUUCCCUCCAUCUCCAAAGUAAACGGCGUCCAGUUUUGAGUGUCCGGGUUCUUGCAGGACACCAGUAGUUUUAAAGUAGUAUUUUUAAAUGUUGAAGAGAAGAUCAGUCGUGGAAUCAGUUUGAAACACAGUUGAUUUGAUCUGUAGAGCUGACCAAAAGUGUCCCUCAUUCCUGUCAGAAGAGGCAGUGAACACACAUCCUGAUGAAGAGACAGAAAGGAAGAGAGCACCAAAUGGAUGACAGAAAGAAAAGGGUGUAGCUGUGAUUUACAGGGAUGUGAAUCUUCAAGGCUUUUAUUUCAGGAUUUCGCCCAUUUAUGGAAGGCUCAGCACUCCCUUGAACUGCGUUUUCCUGUUUUUUAACUCUUUCUUUGUUACAUUAUUGUGUGUCUUAAUCACAUUUUUGGUUGUAAAUUUCUCUUUGUAUUUCUUUCCAUCAGUGGACGUUAUUAGCCUCAGUAUGUUUUGAAAUGAUUUGUGCUGUUUGUGAUGAAAAGGUGUCUUUAUAUAACUUAACAACCUCUUUUUUGCACAUAUGCCUCCUCCCAAAUCUUUUGUUUUGAUGCUGUUGCUUGUCAUCUCAGUCUAUAAUGUACUAUGCUGUGGGAGGAUACGACUAACAGAAUGGACUCAUCCAUUCUAAACAAUGGACUCUAAUAUUAAUGGGCUAUCUGGACAUUUUCACAAUGGCUUGUUUUUGCACUUCACCUGCCUCUUUUCACAUGGAGAACAAAAUAUGCUUUUCUAGAAAUCAAGUGAACUAACUAAGGGAAAAAAGGUGAAAUUAACCAAAAAAAAAAAAAAAAAAAGCAACAUUGGUUAAAAUAUGUUGGCAAAUACAAGAAAGCUACCAGAAAAGGAAAAAAAAGCAAAACAAUUUAAACACUUAAAAAUACUUUUUUAAAAAUAAAUACACGAAAACUAUAUUUGUAAUUACUAAAAUGAUAAACCGUGUCCACAAAAUACAAAAUCCUAAUUCAUGCACACAAUUUACUAUUUAUGUGCUCUCAGUUUGACUUUUUGAGCUCUCAAAUUCCUAAAAUUAACUAGAUAGAGUAUCUUGAAAUAAGUAAAUAAAUCAAGUGCACAAAUUAGGAUUUUGUGACCUGGAUUUUGUAUUUUGUGGAUUCCAUUAGGCUCUAUAGAAAUUGUCCAAAUUUGCAACAAAAUUGAUGACAAAAGAAAAAAGGGGAAUUGAAAGUGACUUGAAACUUCAUUGGAUGGGGAAUUUUGACACAGAACAGGCCAAACAGUGAGUUUUGAAAUCCAGAACUCUUUGCACCUCGCCAAAAUGAUGUUGGAUCAACAACCUUAUCAGCCUCCACAGAUACAUUAGAGACCAGAUACAUUAGUCCAAAUCUUCCUGCAUGCCCUUUUUGAAUGUCCGUGUAAUGGUAGCAGUUGUUCAUUUACUACCAAAGAAACUCAUGGAGAGAAGGCUGUGGUGUUUGGGAACGUACGGUGAUGUGCAAUAACAAACCAAAUGUCCAAAUGUCGCAUGGUCCAUUGAAGGCUUGUAACUGACUAAUGAUACCAAAGCUACUUGGACUUAAUGAACCUGAGCUGUGUGCCCGGGUUGUGUGAUCUGUGUCGGGGGAUAUCUCUCGUGUACGGAUUGCUGGAUUUGUAAAGGCAAGAAAACAGAGCCU